AUGACUCGAUUCUUUGUCAGAUGCAGAUAUUUCGCAACGUGUGAUCGAGGAUGGCUCCAGCAAACACGGAGUGGUGACUUCGUUGUAUUGCGGGGAGCAAUCGGAGGUGGCGCCCUCUCGCCGGUGCCAAGACCUUCAGAAGUGACCACCUUGCGCAGCUUUCGCUCUUCCCACCUCUCUUUACGGCCCUCACCAUUGGCAUUCCAGCCCAAGUCAUUCGUUGAUUUGAUGUUUCUAUUUUGA